AUGGCCGUGACAGGCCAUUUUAUUGACGAACACAUGCAAAGGAAAACGGUACUGAUUGACUGCUCAAUUUUUGAUGAACGUCAUUCAGCCAAAAAUAUUGCAGAAAAUAUCAUACACAUUUGCCAACCAUAUUUUCCGAUGGAAAAAGUGUCUUUAAUAGUGACUGACAAUGCCAAAAAUAUGAUUAACGCUGUCGACAGCGAACUAAAGUUAAAACAUUUAGGAUGCAUUGCACACUCUCUCAAUUUGGCUGUCACAAAUUCUCUAAACGAGGUUAACGACCUUCUAACGAAAAUUAGGGAUAUUGUGAUAGUUUACAGGAGAAGUAAUAUCGCUGCAAAAAAUCUGCGAAAAUAUCUGUGCUCUAGCGAGGAGAGAAAAGACUUAAAAGUCAUCUUAGAUGUGAAGACUCGUUGGAACAGCACGUUUUAUAUGGUAAAACGUUUCCUUGAACUGAAAGACGCUAUUCGUUCUACAAUGGGUUUGAUGAACGACCCCCCAGAGGCUCUUGAUGUGCCAGAAUGGGAAAGUGUCCAACAUCUUUGUGACGUUUUGAAACCUUUUGAAAAGGUGACUUGCGAGUUGAGUUCGGAAAAAUACUUGUCAGCAUCUAUGGCGCCUGUGUUAAUCGGCGGACUUCAAAAAAUCUGUGAAAAUCUGCUUAGUAAAAGUGUUAAUGAACAAGUACAAAAUGUGGUACUAGUACUACAACGUGAAUUGGGUAAUAGAUUUACAACUAUCGAUUCAAGAGAAGACAUUGCUCAAGCCGCUUUCCUUGACCCCCGAAUAAAAAAAUUGGGGCUCAAAUGUGAUGUCGCCAAAAAAAUUGAAAGUGAUAUUAUCUGUGAGUUAUCGGUAGUUGCACAAACUACCCAUAAUCUUGUUGGGGAUGAUGAAGAGAUAGACGAAUCAUCGGUUUGGUUCGAGUUUGAGAGUAAAGUUAAAGACUCUCGAACUUCAUCAGCUCCCGCAGCAGACGCGGCGAUCGACAAAGCUGCGGCAGAAGUGAAAAGAUACCUGCAAGAGCCCAUUCUUUCCAGGAAAUCUGAUCCACUGGAGUGGUGGGAAAAGAAUAAAAAUGUAUUUCCUAAUUUGUAUGAAUUAUCACGGAAAAAAAUUAGGCCUUGUGGCUACUUCAGUGCCAUGCGAAAGGGUGUUCUCUAA